CUGUCGUUCAAAUAAAUUACAAUUCCAACUAGAACAUGCCCCUUCACUCCUUCAUUCGCAACGAUACAACUAUUAUUGCGCCAAAUGCCUCUCUUCGUCGUGUUAUAAACCGUCAUACAAAAGACUCUUUACUCGAUAUUAUACGGAAAUGGCUGCAAGACCCAAUGGCGCGCCCAAAAAUUGAAGAUACUUCUGAAGACGAAGAAAACUAUGAUAAUACCAAUGGACAACAAGUAAAGCGACUCUUACAUAAUUAUGAAAUAAUUUCUAGUAAAAAGAAUAUGGUUGAUAAAAUAUUUCUUGAGGAUUGGAAAAACGGAUUGAAUUAUAAACAAAUUGCUCAGCUUGACAUGAAAUAUUAUCAUGAUCAUUCUAGUCUCAAACAUUGGAAAGCAUUGAAACUAUGUUGGGAAAAUGGAUUGAGGAAAAAAGAAUAUCGGAAGACUUCAGAGCUUAAUUCGUCACUUUUGACACAACUUUCGCCAUUCUUCAAAACUCAUUUAUACAUCGAAGAAUUUGAAAAAAAUUGGUGGAUACGGAUUAGCAUUCACGAUGGAGUUCCUCCGAAUACCCUUCCUGUUAGUUCUAACAUCAUUUACGUGAUUUAUUUUACCAAUUCUGAACAUUUAUUAUGUAGCAAUAUUAAACGUGAACACAAGGAAUUUAUAAUGCAGGGACUUUUAAAAACCUUUGUAUGUAAUGAAAUUGAGGAGUGUGAUUUGAAAGGUAAAUAUGCGGAUUCUCUUGAAAAAUUAUUAUUACAUCGACAAUCCCAAGGCACGUACAGCCGCUACCGGUUAAAUCAAGUUGAUGAUAAUCCACUAUUAUUUCCAUCCAAAAAACCAAAGAAAGAUGAUAUACCUGAAAAUAUCGACCAAUUUGAAGAUAUGAUGGAUGAAGAUAACAUUUUACUUUUGAAGCAAAGAGACACUGCGGCAAAUGAUAAUUUCGGUCCAAAUGAACAGCCAUCACUUGACAUGGUUGAAAUCAAGUUAUCAACUCCUUUACAUACGUCCAAUAAUGAUGAUCAAUCGACACCGUUAUCUAUGACAGUUCUCUUUGAAGGAACAAAUGUGAUUGAGGGAAUAAAGAAAAUGAUUAUGGCAGGAAUUGCCGAACCUCCAUUACCAGCUUAUUUAGCUGAUAUACAUAGUAACGGAAGGAAUUACAUAGAAGUUGAUGAAAAUAAUGUUGUAAUAAAAAAAGGGCACUAGAACAUUUAGAAUAACAAAAUAAAUAGGUAAAUUAUGAAAUUCAAUUCUAGCUUAUAUUUCUACUAAUUAUGAAAUGAAACAAUAAUAAUAAAUAAUGUGUCAAGUUUAAUUAAAAUUUUUUUUUUUUUUUGUUUUUAAAACAUUAUUUUUAUACACUCUUAUUAACUAGUUUUUCUAAUUCAGAUUCUACAUCUUUAGCAGGCAAAUUAUUUAAUACGACCUUUUCUUCUUUACCAAAAUCAUAACGAGCAAAAAAUCUUGCUUCUACACCACUCGCUUCACGGAUAAGAAUUGGAAAAUUUGGAUUAGCUUCUUUUAAUGAAACAUAAUUUUUGGAGAUAAAUUCUCUGUUAAAAAAGAGAAUCAAUUAUCAAUUAUAUCAAUUUAAUAAGAAUUGU